GGGGGUGGGGGAGCUAGCUGACCUUGCAGAAUUGGAAACCGACAUAGACAACGAAGCACAUUGCACUGUAUACGACAUAUAGCUUCUCUUUAUAUUUAAAAUAUAUUAGCAUCUAUUAAAAUGGAGGAACACACCGCACCCCACGCCGAAGCAUCGACCUUCAAAGAAGGUGUCUCCAGGGCAGAUGCCUACAAGCAGGUUCUAGAGCAGAUGAAGGGCCUCAUGGAAGGCCAAAGGAACUGGGUCUGCAACCUCGCAAACGCCUCCUCCCUCCUCUGGCAUGCCUACAAAUCCCUCCCCGCCCCUCUUUCCGAAGUAAAUUGGUCCGGCUUCUACGUCCUCGACCGCACCACCCCCUCCCAGCUCAUUCUCGGCCCCUUCCACGGCCAAGUCGCCUGCCAAACCAUCGCUUUCACGCGCGGCGUGUGUGGCUACGCGGCUACGCACAAGACUAUCCAGGUCGUCAAUAACGUUGAGGCGUUCCCGAACCACAUUGCCUGUGAUGGCGCGACGAAGAGCGAGGUUGUUGUUCCGCUGCUGGUUGACGGAGAGGUUGUCGCGGUGCUGGAUGUUGAUUGUGCGGUGCUGAGUGGGUUUGAUGAGGAGGAUGCGUUGGCGCUGUAUGAGUUGGCUGAGCUGCUGGCGAAGGGGUGUGAUUGGUAGGUAUAGAGAGCUUCUUGGGUAUGGAAGGAAGUUAAAAGUGGAAUUGACGAAUGAAUGAGAUCAUAUGCUAUGGUAUAUCGAGGAUGCUACGGAUGACUUAGAUCGGACCUGGAUAUCAAUUCAUAUGAUGAAAGACUAUAAGAGAACAUUUAGUUCUAUGAUACGAGGCAAUUGGUUUAAGCAUUUCUUCGUUAAAUGGAUUGAAUUAAGUAUAAAUGUUUCUAUCUACAUUGAAUCGAAUCAUUCCUGCUCGCUCAUAAAUGUUAGAAAUGGGUAUAUAUCGCCACUUGUGGCCCCGCCC